CUUUUGGUCGCCGCGGCUCGCCGUAGUGCUCCUCCCUCACCAGCUUGGCCCCGGCCAAACAUGGCGGCCUCCGAGUCAGCGCCGGCUGUGAAUCAAGGCUCAGCGGAGGGCGAGGAGGAGACGAUCCUCUAUGACUUGUUGGUCAACACCGAGUGGCCCCCGGAGACAGAAGUACAGCCUAGAGGCAACCGAAAACAUGGUGCAUCCUUUAUAAUCACAAAAGCAAUUAGGGAUCAUUUAUUAUUUUUCCGCCAAUAUAUCUGGUACAGCCCUGCACCUUUUUUGCUCCCUGAUGGACUGGUUCGUUUGGUGAAUAAACAGAUAAACUGGCAUUUGGUACUUGCGAGCAAUGGGAAACUUUUGGCUGCUGUUCAAGAUCAGUGUGUGGAGAUCAGGUCUGCAAAGGAUGAUUUUACAUCUAUUAUUGGGAAAUGUCAAGUUCCAAAAGAUCCAAAACCCCAGUGGAGACGUGUGGCGUGGAGCUAUGAUUGUACCCUGCUGGCUUAUGCGGAGAGCACGGGAACCGUGAGGGUGUUUGAUCUCAUGGGAAGUGAACUCUUUGUUAUUACCCCGGCAUCCAGUUUAGCAGGUGAUUUGAGCUAUGCCAUUGCUGGGUUGAUAUUUUUAGAAUAUAAAGCAAGCGCGCAGUGGUCUGCAGAACUCUUGGUCAUCAAUUACCGAGGAGAACUUAGAAGCUACCUUGUAAGUGUUGGAACAAAUCAGAGCUAUCAAGAGAGUCACUGUUUCAGCUUUAGCAGUCAUUACCCUCAUGGCGUCAACACAGCUAUUUACCAUCCUGGGCACAGACUUUUACUGAUCGGUGGGUGUGAAACUGCUGAAGUAGGCAUAUCACAAGCUGCUAGCUGUGGACUUUCUGCCUGGAGAGUUCUUUCAGGAUCGCCUUAUUAUAAGCCAGUUAUUACUGGUGGAGACAGGGUCACUGCAGUACCAAAGACACUGGGAUUAUUAAGGAUGUUGAGUAUCAAGUUUUACAGUCGCCAGGGACAAGAGCAGGAUGGGAUCUUUAAGAUGAGCCUUUCUCCAGAUGGGACCCUCCUUGCAGCCAUUCACUUCUCAGGGAAGCUAAGCAUCUGGGCCAUUCCAUCUCUGAAGCAGCAAGGGGAGUGGAAUCAAAACGAGCAGCCAGGCUAUGACGACCUUAAUCCUGAUUGGAGACUCUCUACUGAGAAGAGGAAAAAAAUCAAAGAUAAAGAGUCCUUUUACCCACUGAUAGAUGUGAAUUGGUGGAUGGACAGUGCAGUGACUUUGGCUCGCUGCUCUGGUGCCUUGACCGUGUCAUCGGUGAAGACUUUAAAGAAUUUACUGGGAAAAUCCUGUGAAUGGUUUGAACCAUCACCUCAAGUCACUGCUACCCAUGAUGGGGGAUUUUUAAGUUUGGAGUGCGAGAUUAAACUUGCCCCCAAACGAUCUCGUUUGGAGACAAGGGGGGCAGAAGAAGAUGAAGGAGAAGAGGACUCUGAUUCUGAUCAGGAAACGUCCACCAAGGCUCGCUACUUUGGUUACCUACAGCAGGGCCUGUACCUGGUGACGGAGAUGGAGCGGUUUGCACCGCCCCGGAAGCGGCCUCGAACCAUCAGCAAACACUACCGCCUGGUGAGCCUGCGGUCCACGACCCCGGAGGAGCUCUACCAGAGGAAGAUUGAAAGUGAAGAGUAUGAGGAAGCCUUGUCUCUGGCUCAGACCUAUGGCCUGGAUACUGACCUGGUGUAUCAGAGGCAGUGGAGGAAGUCAGCUGUCAACAGUGCUUCAAUUCAGAAUUACUUGAGUAAAAUAAAGAAACGAUCCUGGGUUCUUCAUGAGUGUUUGGAAAGAGUUCCUGAAAAUGUGGAUGCAGCAAAGGAACUGCUUCAAUAUGGACUGAAGGGCACAGACCUGGAGGCCCUUCUAGCAAUAGGGAAAGGAGCGGAUGAUGGCAGAUUUACUUUACCUGGAGACGUGGACAUUGACAGUAUCUCCUAUGGGGAGCUUUCCCCAGCUGACGAAGAGCCUGCCAAGAAGAAAAAGGACAAGGAGCUCAAGAAGAGACAAGAACUACUUAAACUAGUGAACUUUUCAAAGUUAACACUGGAACAAAAGGAACUUUGCCGUUGUAGACUGAAAUUAUUAACCUACUUAGAUCGGCUGGUAACAUAUGAGGAAAUCCUUGGAGUGCCUCAUGCAUCUGAACAGAGAUAUGAUGCUGAAUUCUUUAAGAAGUUCAGAAAUCAGAAUAUUGUUCUCUCAGCAAGAACUUAUGCUCGGGAAAGUAAUGUACAAGCCCUAGAAAUUUUGUUCACCUACCAUGGAUCUGACCUCCUUCCUCAUCGCCUUGCGAUUCUGUCCAACUUCCCAGAGACCACUUCUCCACACGAAUAUUCUGUUUUGUUGCCCGAAGCUUGUUAUGAUGGUGACUCCUUGAUGAUCAUUCCUUGGCAUGAGCGUAAACACCGAGAAAAAGAUUGGUGUGAGGAGCUGGAAUGCAGAAUGGUGGUUGAGCCCAGUCUCGAAGAUGAAAGUGAAUUCUUGUACGCUGCACAGCCCGAGUUACUGAGGUACAGGACGCCCCGGCUGACAGUGGAGAAGGUUAUGGACUGGUACCAGAGCAGAGCAGAGGAGAUCGAGCAUUUUGCUCGACAGGUUGACUGUGCAUUAUCGCUUAUUCGACUUGGAAUGGAGCGGAAUAUUCCUGGUCUGCUGGUUCUCUGUGAUAAUUUGGUCACUCUGGAAGCGUUGGUUUAUGAAGCCGGGUGUGAUUUAACCCUAACCUUGAAAGAACUCCAGCAGAUGAAAGACAUUGAAAAACUAAGAUUGCUGAUGAAUAGUUGUCCUGAGGACAAGUAUGUGACCAGUGCCUACCAGUGGAUGGUUCCCUUUCUUCAUCGUUGUGAGAAGCAGUCCCCUGGUGUGGCUAAUGAGCUACUAAAGGAAUAUCUAGUCGCUUUAGCUAAAGGGGACUUAAAAUUUCCCUUGAAGAUAUUUCAGUAUUCCAAGCCUGAUUUGCAGCAAAAAAUCAUUCCUGAUCAGGACCAACUGAUGGCGAUAGCACUGGAGUGCAUCUAUAACUGUGAACGAAACGACCAGCUCUCUCUUUGCUAUGACAUAUUAGAAUGUCUGCCGCAAAGAGGCUAUGGUCAUAAGACAGAGGUAACCACAGCUCUCCACGACAUGGUAGACCAACUGGAACACAUUCUCAGUGUGUCAGAGAUUUUGGAGAAACAUGGACUUGAGAAACCAGUUUCAUUUGUUAAAAACACUCAGUCCAGCUCAGAAGAGGCACGCAAGCUGAUGGUUAGACUGACCAGGCACACCGGUCGGAAGCAGCCUCCUGUCAGUGAGUCUCACUGGAGAAUGUUGCUGCAAGACAUGUUAACGAUGCAGCAGAACGUUUACACGUGCCUAGAGUCCGACGAUUGCUAUGAGAUAUUUACAGAAAGCCUUCUGUGUUCCAGCCGCCUUGAAAAUAUCCACCUGGCUGGGCAGCUGAUGCACUGCAGUGCUUGUUCGAUAAAUCCACCAGCUGGUGGGGCCCAUAAAGGAAAAACCCAGUACAGGGUCAGUUAUGAGAAAAGUAUCGACUUGGUCUUGGCUGCCAGCAGAGAGUACUUCAAUUCUUCUACCAACCUCACUGACAGCUGCAUGGAUCUGGCCAGGUGCUGCUUACAGCUGAUAACAGAUAGACCUGCUGCCAUUCAAGAGGAGCUAGAUCUUAUCCAAGCUCUGGGGUGUCUUGAAGAAUUUGGAGUAAAGAUCCUGCCUUUGCAAGUGCGAUUGUGCUCUGACCGGAUCGGCCUCAUCAAGGAGUGUAUCUGCCAGUCCCCCACGUGCUACAGGCAAUCCGCCAAGCUGCUGGGCCUUGCUGAGCUGCUGAGGGUAGCAGGGGAAGACCCAGAGGAAAGGCGUGGACAGGUCCUGAUCCUUCUAGUGGAGCAAGCCCUUCGUUUCCAUGACUACAAAGCGGCCUCUGCGCACUGUCGGGAGCUGGUGGCCACAGGUUAUUCUAAAAGUUGGGAUGUUUGUAGCCAGUUGGGACAAUCAGAAGGUUACCAAGACUUGGCCACUCGUCAGGAGCUCAUGGCUUUUGCUCUGACACAUUGUCCCCCCAGCAGCAUUGAGCUUCUUCUGGCAGCUAGCAGCACUUUGCAGACACAAAUUCUUUACCAAAGGGUGAAUUUCCAAAUCCAUCCAGAAGGAGGAGAGAGUAUCAGUGUCUCACCGCUGACUAGUAAAGCGCUGCAAGAGGGUGAAGGAAGUAUUCCAGGCAGCAGCUCGGCUGACCUGUUCCACUGGACCACCGCCACCACCAUGAAAGUCCUUUCCAACACCACGACCACCACCAAGGCGGUGCUGCAGGCCGUCAGCGACGGGCAGUGGUGGAAGAAGUCCUUAACCUACCUUCGACCUCUUCAAGGGCAAGAAUUGGGUGGUGGUUAUCGAACUGGAACCAGAGCCAAUGAAGGUCUAGAAAAACAAGGCUGUCAUCCUUUUUAUGAAUCUCUCCUCUCCGAUCCCUUCGUCAUAGAGACGCCCCACAAAUGGUGUAACUGCUUCUUUUGUCCAGUCUGAAGUGACUGUGAGAGCUUCGCAGAAGUAUUGCUGAGAACUGGGAAACUGGCAGAGACUAAAACUGAAGGAGAAGAAGUAUUUCCAACAACGGAAGUUCUUUUGCAACUGGCAAGUGACGCUUUACCAAACGAUAUGACCUUGGCUCUUGCUUAUCUCCUUGCCUUACCACAGGUGUUGGACGCUAACAAGUGCUUUGAAAAGCAGUCUCCCUCUGCGCUCUCUCUCCAGCUGGCAGCCUAUUACUACAGUCUACAGAUCUAUGCCCGGUUGGCUCCGUGUUUCAGGGACAAGUGCCAUCCUCUCUACAGGGCUGAUCCUAAAGAGCUAAUCAAGAUGGUCACCAGGCAUGUGACUCGAUUUGGACGGGAAGCCUGGCCCGAGGACCUGGUGGCCCUGACCAAGCAGUUACAGCACUACAACGAACGUCUCCUGGACUUCACGCAGGCCCAGGUCCUUCAGGGCCUGCAGAAGGGUGUGGACGUGCAGCGCUUCACUGCAGACAACCAGUAUAAAAGGGAGACCAUCCUCGGCCUGGCAGAGACACUUGAGGAAAACGUCUACAGCAUUGCUCUUUCGCUGGCCCAGCGUUACAGUGUCUCCCACUGGGAAGUUUUUAUGACCCAUUUGGAGUUCCUGUUCACCGACAGUGGUUUGUCCACAGUGGAAAUUGAAAACCGAGCCCAGUCCCUUCAUCUCUUUGAGACAUUGAAGACGGAUCCCAAAGCCUUUCACAAGCACAUGGUCAAGUAUAUUUACCCCACGAUUGGCGGCUUUGAUCACGAGAGGCUGCUGUAUUAUUUCACUCUUCUGGAAAGCUGUGGCUGUGCAGAUUUGGGGAACUAUACCAUUAAGCCAGAAACCCACAUUCGGCUGCUGAAGAAAUUUAAGGUCGUUGCAUCAGGUCUUAAUUACAAACAACUGACAGAUGAAAACAGGAAUCCUCUCGAGGCGUUGGAGCCGGUCCUUUCAAGCCAAAAUGUCUUAUCCAUCUCCAAGCUCGUCCCCAAAAUCCCUGACAAGGAGGGGCGCAUGCUUUCCGCCAGCUCUCUGUACACCGUCUGGUUACAGAAGUUGUUCUGGGACGGAGACCCUCACCUGCUUAAGCAAGUCCCGGCGUCACCGCCGGAGUGGCUGGGGGCCUACGACGUCUGCCUCAAGUACUUUGAUCGCCUCCGCCCGGGUGACCUCAUCGCUGUGGUGGACGCCGUCACCUUUUCUCCAAAGCGAGUGAGUAAGUUAUCUGUGGAGGCACGUAAAGAAAUGACUGUGAAAGCUAUUAAGACAGUUCAACAUUUUAUUGAGAAGCCAAGGAAAAGAAGUUCCGAAGAAGACAUUCAGGAAGCAAGCGAUUCUAAAAUGACCUAUGUAGAUGCUUUGAAUCAUCUGGAGAAAUCACUGGCUCACCUGGAAACCCUCAACCAUAGCUUCAUCCUUUCCCUGAAGAAUAGUGAACAGGAAACGCUGCAGAAGUACAGUUACCUCUAUGAUCUGUCGCGAUCAGAAAAAGAGAAAGUUCACGAUCAAGCCGUGGCCAUGUGCUUAGACGGCCAGCCCCUGAGCCUGAUUCGGCAGCUGCUAGAGGUGGCCGUGGGCCCUCUGGACAUCUCGCCCAAGGCCGUCGUGCAGAGUGCAGUGGGGAACAUCAUCUCUGCACUGAGUGGAGGCAGUGCUGACCUCGGGGUGACCGACCCGCUCCGCGUCCUGGAAGGGGUUGUUGCCGCGGUCCACGCCAGUGUGGAUGAGGGAGAAGAGCUGGUUUCCUCUGAGGACCUGCUGGAGUGGCUGCGGCCCUUCUGUGCUGACGACUCCUGGCCUGUGAGGCCCCGCAUCCAGGUGCUGCAGAUUCUGGGACAGUCGUUCCAUCUGACGGAGGAGGAUGGCAAGCUCCUUGUGUUCUUUAGAACAGAGGCCAUUGUCAAAGCCACUUGGCCCCACAGACAGGUGGAUGUAGCCGACACGGAGGAUGAAGAGAAGCGCUACUCGCUCUUCACAGAGCUCCUGGAGACCAGUCACCGAGAGGCUGAGUUCCAGCACCUGGCCCUGCUCCUGCAAGCUUGGCCGCCUAUGAGACGGGAGUAUUCCAUAACUGAGAACCCGUGGGUGAGACUGGCCACCGUGAUGCUAACCAGGUGCACGACGGAGAACAAGGACGCGCUGGGGAAGGAAGUUCUGAAACUCUGCCGCUCUUUAUACCACACGGAACAGAUGCUCCCUGCAGAGUGCGUGAAGGAGCUGUGCUCGCUGCUGCUUCACCAGGCCCUGCUGCUGCCGUCCCUGAAGCUUCUCCUCGAGAGCCAAGAUGCGGGUCUGCACGCCCUGGCCCUGGAGCACGUCACCGCCGUCGCUCAGGUGAAUGAUUCCAACUGUGACCCGGAACUUCUCUCCCUGCUCCUGGACGCCAAGCUCUUGGUGAAGUGCGUCUCCACUCCCUUCUACCCGCGUCUCGUCCAGCACCUCUUGGCCGGCCCCCAGCAAGGGCGCUGGGACGCGGAGGAGCUGGCCCGACACCUGCGGGGGGCCGGCCACGAGGCCGAGGCUGGGUCGCUCCUCCUGGCCGCGAGGGGCACACACCGGGCCCUGAGGACCUUCAGCACGGCCCUGGGUGCUGGGCAGCACUGGGUGUGAGCGGCCACCAGCCCUUGGCCCGUCCUGGGAGCCUCCAGGGGCAGCAUGUGUGGCUAUUGAUUAUUCUCCACGGUUCCAGCCACUUGCAAAUAAAGCUGUAUAUAAAUGAUGA